AUGAAGCCAUCCAUGAAAUCCAAGGUUGAAGCAGCCCCGCUGUUUCUCCAGAAGAUCUACGCCAUGUUCGAAGACUCGCCGGUGCGCAUCGCGGGUUGGAUGAACAAAGGCACGACGGUCGUGAUCAAAGAGCCCGAGGAGUUUGCCAAGGCGAUCCUGCCGCAGUACUUCAAGCACAGCAACUUUAGCAGCUUCGUGCGGCAACUCAACUUUUACGGGUUCCGCAAAUUCAAGAAGGACGAUAUCCUCAUCGAAGCACACGACCCCACCAAGAACUGGUGGGAAUUCCGCCAUGAAAAGUUUGUCCGACAUAUGCCCGAACUCAUGGCACAGAUUCGACGAAAGACGUACUCGGACGCGUCCGUGAGCAGCUCCAACGGCACAGUAUCGGAAGUCGAUGUGCUCAAGUCGCAGGUGAAGACAAUGCAGACGCAGUUUGACGCGCUUACAAGCCAGAUCGCGUCGCUCACUGAAGUCGUGGCAAAGCUGGCGCAGUCAAAGAAGCGAUCGCUCUCCGCCUGCGACGAGGAUAUGGUGGAACAAGUUGUCAGCGAUGAAAAGCGAGUAAAGGUUGAAGAUGGUCUCAUGAAAGACGAGCUGCCAGAAGCGAUCGCGGCCCCGACAUUGUCCAAACAACACAGCCUCAUGUUCGAUCAGCUGGACGAUCUCUCGUUCGACGACUCGAUGACUUUGGACCCUGCCGCAUGGCUCGACGGCGUCGACUUUUCAAUCCCCAUUGCUUCGUCCGCUGCAGCUCCCGCGACAGUGCCCCCUAUGGCCCAAAGGUGUUCGAACACAGGCCCCCUCACCUUUCUUAUUGCACUGAAGCCUCAGCAGACCUAG